AUGUCUCCUUCUCCUUCUCCGCCGCCGGUGAGUAUUCCUCGAGAAAAACCAUCAUCAUCAUCGGCACAAAAAACACUAGUAGUAUCUUUUACAUCUGAUAAAAAGGAUGACGACGACGACGACGAUGAUGAUUAUAAGAGCAACAACAACAACAACAACAACGAGAGGAGGAAGACAAAGAAGACAAAGAAGAGAAAGAAAACCAAAAGCGGGAAAGAGAAGAAACUGAAGGAAAAAUUCAUCGCUUUAAUUCGUCGUAAACUCAUCGAAAACGCGCAGUUUAGGCGAAACUUUGUCAAAGCGAACGAAUACAACAAAGUCGCGCAAAGCAUACGCGUUUGUUUCAGAGAAGAAGACAAAGACAAAGAAGACGACAACAACAUGAAAGAAGAGCGGGAGAAGAUGUUGUGUUUUUUGGACAGCAAGUCGCAUUUUUUGUUCGUCGUUGAUAAAGUUUUGUUUGUCGAGAAAAGCGAAGAGAAGGAGAAUACAACAACAACAACAACAACAAACGAGCAGGAGAAGACCGAGAACGAAAAGCAUCACAGAAAAGAAGAAGUUAAAGAAGAAGAAGAAGAAGAAGAGAAUAAAUACAGAAACCACGUGAACUUGAUGGAACCGUCGGAGUCGUGGUUGCGCGUGAAGAACUACCACCGGAACAAGUUUGAAAAGCUCGGCGAGAACGCGGCGUUGGCGAUUAAAGAGAAACAAAAGGCCAAACGAGAGGCGAAAGAGAGAGUGAACAAAGCGAGAAUGGAGAAGAAAGAGAAAGAGACGAGAGAAAAGGAGAGAAAAGAGAGGAAGAGAAAGUAUCACGUAGAUUUGGAGUAUUACAGGUAUAAAGGGACGUGUUUAGAUUGGGUAAAUACCGGGAUGUGUCGAUUCGGAAGCGAGUGCACGUACACGCACGACGAAACCGCGAAAGGAAAGCUGAUCGAAGCAGCGCGAGAAGUAGAAGCAAAAACAGGAAGAGAUAGAGGAUUACGAGGCGAAUACGCGAGCGCAAAAGAAGAGUCAGGGAAGAAGAACACGAGGAAAAGAGGGGAGGAAAAGGAUAGAAAAGAAGGAGAAGAAGAAGAAGAAGAAAACGAGAGAACAAAGGGAGAACGAAAGAGACGGAAGCGAGAGGACGUUCUCCUCGGCGACUUUGACGACGACUUUGACGACGACAAGGACGAUACCGUCGUUCCGGGUUUUCUGAAAGCAAAAAUGAAGCAACAGAAAGAGGACAAGGAAGGGAGACCGGCUUUGUCUAUUCGAGAGAGAAAACUGCUAAAAAAGAAGCGCGAAGAAGAAGAAAUAAAAGCACGCGCAGCGAGUAAUAAUAAUAAAAAGAAGAAGAAGUUUGAUAAGACGAAGCGAGUGCUUUCAAGAAAAGCAUCGACCGAUAAGAAGGUAAAGACGAUUGGCGGCGGCAGCGGAAUGACGAAAAAGAAAAAGAAAGAGCGACAUCCGGACGGAAGGCACGCCAAGAGAUCAAAAGCGCGUUUGGAACAAAUACAAUAG